AUGCAGCAGCAGCAGCAGCAGCAGAAACAAGUAGGUGACGAAGACGACAAUAUCCUUGGACAGGGCGUGUACGAGAAGUUAACCGGCGCAGUUUGCUUUUUUUCAGACGAAGAAAACAGGCCGAUUGGAGCCGGCUUUGCUGUCUCGGGAACAACCGUCUACAGUGUAGCCCACAAUUUCCCUGAAUCGACAGUUGGCAUGGAACUGUUGUGUCACUUUGGCAAGCCAAACCAAAAUAUUGUACGACAAUUAAGAAUUUCUGCGGUUGACCAUCGUUUGGACUAUUGCAUUCUCAGGAUAGUCCCAGGGGAGGCAAGUUUGCCCAACUUUUUAGAAAUAUCAACAGCGCCCUUGUAG